UUUGGAUUUCAAUUUUCUUACUCCAAAAGGAAUCAUAUAACUAAAGUUGUUCCCAUUUCGACAAGGAAAGAAACAAUAAAGGAGCUGAAAGAUGGAAGUGGGGAAUCCUAAGCCUUGAUAAGGGGCAACAAGAAAAUAUGAUUUUCCAAAGAGAAGAGGAAGCAGCUGAACCUGAAACCAUAUGUAUCAAACAACAAAGCGAGCUAAGAUUUGAUGGAGAUAGCAAUGAAGCAGUUGAAGAAGGGAAAGCAGGAGAGUGGUUGAACCUGAGCUUGGGUGGGAAUUCAGUAUCAACAGCAGGAGAUUCUGACACUCAACUAACACCAGUUUCAACCAAGGUUUUCUCAUGUAACUUCUGCAUGAGGAAGUUUUACAGUUCACAAGCCUUGGGUGGCCACCAAAACGCCCACAAGAGGGAGAGGGGUGCGGCCAGGAGAUACCACUCCCAGCGGAUGACGUCGUCGUCUAUGAUGGCUUUGCCAAUGAUUAGUAGUAGUAGUAGUAGUAGUAGUAGUAGUAGUAAUCAUAUAGUUCGAUCACUUGGUGUUCGACCUCAUUCCCUAGUGCAUAAACCCAGCAGAGAUGGAGCUGCAAGUGUAGCAAGGUUUACCGAAACUUACACAGGUUUUGGAAUGUCAGGGAUGCAGUUUACAGUGGAUGAUGCAAUGGAUUUUAUGUGGCCAGGAAGCUUCCGAUUGGAUCCUCAGUCACCAAAACCACCAUCCUCCGACCCAUCAAAGCUGGACUUGAAUCUUCGACUCUAAUCAAUGAUUGGAGAUUUGUUCAUACAUCAAAGCACAGAUACUAACUCGCCUGACGACUUUAGAGACUCAGUGCUACGCUUCUGUUUCUGCCUUAAAAAUAACUAGAAGAAACGCCAAGAAUGUCCUUUCACUGUGCAUUGGUAUUUUAGUUAUUAGUCUCUUUAUUCCUUUUUUUCUUCAAAAUGAAAGAAUCAAGAUCAUCCCUAGAUAUUGCUUUUCGGUUUCUUCGUUUUGGUUCUUAAUUUCUAGUUUCUCCAUGAAUCCUUUCUAACUCUUUGAAAUCUAAUUGUAGUUUCGAAGAAGUCCAUCAAUUCCUAAACUAAAAAUAAUGGCAUUUGUUUGUCACAAAUGAUCAUUUAUUCCGAGAUAUACACACUAUUCCACA